AUGGAAACAAGUGGCGAUGCCGCCCCGCUGGGGACUUUGAACGAUCGCAAAUACAAAAUCGAUGGACGGCUGGAGGAUCAUGGGAGGAGGUUGACAGAUAUUGAGACGAAGACCACCGAUGAAAGGGGAAAGGGAAAGGAGAAAGAGAUAGUGGAUCAGGAAGAAAAGGGCAAGGAGGAAGAAAACUUCCCCGAGAACGAGGAUGAUGGCAAUUCAGAGUCCUGGAAUAAAAAGCAUGGGAUUACGAUACUGCCAUACAAACCGAGUACGUUGUUGCCAAAAGCCCUUACUAAAAAUGCCAUCCACGAAUACAGAUCCUGGAGGCGUGAUAUUCCUCCACAUGAAUGGCCUAGUGAGGAUAUUAUCACAAAAAGGUUGCACAAUUACUGGGCCGUUCCCUCGGAUGGGCGGGUUGGACUGGGGUUUAUCAAGGAAGUUAUCGGUCGCGCAGAUGACUGGGAGGAAAGGGUUAAGGAGGUAGAGCAAUUUGUCGCUGAUCUCGCUAAGAUUGGCGCAGAGUUCCAUAUCGUGGACGAUGGGCUAAAUUAUACUCGAUGUCACUUUCAGCUGCCAAGCCGAGCCGAGGAUCCGCAGACUCUAAUCCGAAAGGUAGAAUGCGAGGGAUUAGUUUCUGCAAUGAUCGAACGGUUAGUUGCUAGCGUGGAGAGUGUUGGGGCGCGACCCCGUUGGGUGAACUCUAUUGCUCCUUGGCGGAGAACAAUUGUCCUUACCGAGAGUCCCGAGUCUCUGGCCUUAGGGGUGUGUUUCUCGGAGCCCCCUUACGGAUCUUUAAUCGGCUUCAACAAGUGGUUAAGUCGACAGCCCCGAAGCCUUCCAUACCCACAGAUAUUUUCCAAUCAUACCAGCAUAUCCGGUCCUGAGAAGAUGCAUUUCUCCCUUCCUUUCUUUGAAAUUCUCCCUUCCAACAGUUCUACAAGCCUUCACGCAAGAACCUCUCAACCGGUCGUUGAAGACAAAGAUACGGACCAUUGGAGAUUUGGUAAACUCUAUGGAGACAAGUAUGGAAGAUUUCUCCGAUACGGAGCUUUCAAUGUAUGGAUCGCGCUCUGUCUUUUCCUAAGGAGGUGCUGA